GUAAACAAGUUCUCCCCUCUUAAAUUCAGGCAAUUACAGAACAAACUUAAAAUUGCCUUCCCAAGCAACAUAUAAUUCAACUUUAAUGGAGCAGCAAAAACCAGCAACCCCGGACUCCGUACGGAACACUCUUCCACAUCGGAAUGCCUUCAGCAUUGAUUAACAAAAAGCCAAAGAGCACAGUUCUCAACACAGGCUUUAAUUCCACCAUUACUGCAACACAUUUUACAAGAACUUGGACCAUCAAUAUGCGGCGGUGGCUGAGGAAGCUCCACGAGAUGUUUAGCCCUGCAUUUCAGUGUCAGGGAAUCACGAGCACAUAGAUUAGCUGUCCUUUCACAAUACAGAAAUUCGGGCUCCAAAUAUAAAAGUAAAGAAGAAGCACUUGUUUUAUCCACUGGUUUCUCUUCUAUGUGAGAUAAAUCAGGCAGAGAGCUUCUUUCAACACAAGCUAUUUGCUACCCAUUAGAGGUUUACUAAUAUUGAUCAGGGAUAUCAUAUGGGUUUUGGUGCAGAGUUAUGGGUGGCCGUUGUGGCCAUCUGUUUGGCCACUGUGAUGAUGGUGUCUGCAGCAGAGAAUGAAUCCAGUUAUGAUGCUGUCCAGGACUAUAAAAUGAUGCCAAAAUCCCUAAGAGGGCGGGAGAGGGCUCUGUGCUUUGCCAAGAGUAGCAGGUGCAUGUUGAGGAUCUUGAGGUGCCCUGCUGAAUGCCCCGAAAGGAAACCCAAGAAGGCCAGGAAGUACAAGGGCUGCAUGAUUGAUUGCAGCAACAAAUGUGAGACUACCUGCAAAUAUAGGAAGCCUAAUUGCAAGGGCUACGGAGCCAUAUGCUAUGACCCCCGUUUUGUAGGUGGUGAUGGUGUGAUGUUCUACUUCCAUGGUGCUAAAGAGAAGGAUUUUGCUCUCCUCUCUGACCACCACCUUCAGAUCAAUGCCCACUUCAUUGGUACAAAACCUGAAGGUCGUAAGCGCCCCUACACUUGGGUCCAAGCCUUGGGUAUCAUGUUUGGCUCCCACACCUUCACAAUUGCCUCUAAAGAGGCCUCCACAUGGGAUGAAAGCCUUGACCACUUCAUCUUCACCUUUGAUGGCAAGGCAUUCACAAUACCAGAAGAAGCUUUGGUUGAGUGGACUCCUCCAUCCUUGGGCCCAAUUGCCAUGAAAAUUGAGCGCAUUGAUGAGGCCAAUAAUGUCAAUAUUGUUGUGCCAGGGAUUGUUGAAAUAUUUGUUAGUGUAGUACCCAUCUUAGAAAAAGAAAAUCUGAUGCACAACUACCAGCUACCUAUUGACAAUGUGUUUGCCCACCUAGAAAUGCAAUUCAAGUUCUUCAAUCUCUCAUCUGAAGUGGAAGGCAUCCUGGGCCAAACUUAUAGACCUGGAUUUAAUAACCCUGUGAAGAGGGGUGUUCCUAUGCCUAUCAUGGGGGGUGAAGACAAAUAUGCUACAUCUUCCUUGCUGUCCACUGAUUGCAACUAUUGCAAAUAUUCCUCAGCCUCUUCUUUUGAGGGAUUUAAUGUAAAUGGUAUUAAGGCAUUAAGUGCAGAAUGUACCAGCGGUGAUAACAAUGGUGGCAUGGUAUGUCGAAGGUGAACUUCAUUUAAGUUCUUCAAUUAAUGCAAGAGUUGAUUCAGAUUGUAAAAUAGUUUUGUAGAUUUUAGACCAAUGAAGCUGAGACCUAGUCUAUCUUCUGAGAGGAACAUAGAUGAAUAAAGGAUGCUCGACUCUUAAAGUCAAUGUAGAAGCACAUACAAGAGUGUAAGAGUGUUUACACGUUUGUUGAAUUUUUAAUAUAAAAUUUGGAUUAUAUUACGCA